AUCACGGUACCGUGUAUCGCGGCGAAUCAAAGGUACGACACUUGAGCAACGACGAUCGAAUUCCAUCCAUCGGGGGCAGCCAUCUUCGAAGAGGAUCAGGAAUCACGCGGGAUCCAAGAGGAAUGGUCCCUUGGGCCUUUGGCGUGCCUCUCGUCCUCGUUUCUGCUCUGGGUCUUUUCCUAAACGGUUACGUACUCCUCGUGGUUCUCGGGCUGGGUAAACAGACGCAGCAGCAACAAACCGCCAAUACUUUGUUGUUGAUACACUUGGGCGCGGUGGAGGCGGCUGUGUGCCUCAUAUUACUGAUCUUUACCACUGGUUCCUGGCCAAUCGCCGGCACCUGGUGCGUCCUACACGGUUUCCUUUUGGCCCUCUUACAUCCGGUCGCCCUCUGGACUGUGACUGGAUUGAAUUGCGACAGAUAUUACGCGAUCGCGGCACCCCUGCAUUACGCCGCAUUGGUAUCACCACGACGCGUUGCAGUUGGCCUAGCUGCAUCUUGGACAGGGGCAUUACUCUUGUGCGUGCUCCCCUUCUGGGGCCUGGUACCACCUUACAGAUACAGCCCGGGCCUCGGUUGCUGCGCGCCGGACUUCGGCAACGAUUCGUGGGGCUUGGCUGCGGCCCUCUACGGUGCCGUUUACGCGAUCCUGGGCCUGGCUCUGCCCGCGGUCCUCGUAACCGUGUGCAAUUUGCGCGUGCUCGGGAUCGCCCGUUAUCACAGGCAUCGAAUCGCCAGCGCGAUUUACGAAGUGACGUUGAGCGCGCAGGCGACCAUCACCCAUCAGCGGAACCCGUUUUUCGUGCCCACUGUCACGGCACCUUCGGUCGUCAGCCCGCCCCGAUUUCACAGCGCAGCCAAAACGGUGAUGCAACUAGUUGGCUCUCUUUACUUGCUUUAUUUCCCCUAUUGCGGACUGAUUCUUUGGGAAGUUUGCGACGUUGGGAAUCGGCAGUAUCUCUACAAUCAUACGAAACUCGCUUCGUUGGCUUCCCUCCUGCUCGCCUGUUCUCCGCCCAUCAACGGCCUCCUCUACGGAUUAAAAUCGCAGACCCUUAGACGAUCGGUGCAGAAUUAUUGGCGGAAGAAGGCUACCAAAUCGGAGCUGCAACAAGAGAUCCAAGCGCGAACACCGAGCGCGGCGGGAUCGAGAAGACCGUCCGGAAGCNGAACCGGCUCUUUCUUCCCUUUCCCGCCGUUGCAGCGAAGGCUAAGCGAGGCGCUGCUCGCGUUGGGAUCCUGCAGAACCGGAAACAGCUUCGACAGCAAUAAUCUCGGCUUUCAUCGAACCAGAUUGCAACCCGCCGCUUCGUGUAAUACGCUUCGAGUCCCAACUUCCGAAUCAGGUGAAAGCAGUAAAUUAGUGAGGUCGAGCGCUAGUGCGGCGAGCCUGAUGGGCCCGCAUUACAGAAGCGACUUCAUAGGUGCGGACGUGGGCGCUGGUUGCUCCAUAGCGAUGAACGAGACACCUAGAAGAAGCCCUAGAAUACUUAUAACGAGAGCGUGCAGCGAGGAUAGCCAAGAUGGUGGAAGUCCAAUGCUGAGGAAACCUUUUCUAGUCAAUGCUCUUCCCUGUGAUAAACGAAGAUGGCGGCAUUGCAGUACCGGAAGCGACAGCAGCACGGGCAGCAGUGAGGCCAGUGUAUGGACGACUGGCGUCGCGCAGAAACUCGCCAAGGCCAAUGCUAAGAGUUCAUCGGACAUGUGGUCUGCAUCGAGAAGACUCGUUCGUGGAAAAAAUUUAGAGGAGGGGGCCCUUCUUGUUGGCGCCAGACCCAGCAAUAACAGCGAGAGCAGCGAUACCACGGACACGACGGCCACCACAACCACCACCACGAUGCCCAGCAAAUUGACCACCGUGGAAAACGGAGGCUGUCGGGAGAAAGAGAAGGAAAAGAUGAACGGUGGGAAGAAAGAGAGGGAGCAUAGCGAAAGCGACAACAGUUGGAGCAGCGUCGACGAGAUCGAGUCGAAGGAAAUGGCGGACAAGAGCAUGGAAGAGGAUAAUUUCGAGACGAUCGAGGAGGAAACAGAGGCAGAAAAGUGCAACCAAUUAAGGCGGAAAUCGAAAACGAUUCGAAAACCGGACGUCCCUCAGGAUUGCAAGGAGACCGCUCAAAGAAGGCCCCUUCUCACCUCGUCAUCUUAAGUUUCCAUCGAAUGUGUUUGUCAUUUCUCACCGUUUCUAAUUUAUUAUCAUUUUGUUUCUUUUCCUCCUCCUCCCGCAUAAUUUGUAUACAUCGAUAUACACCGAUCUCUCAACGUGUUCGAAAUCCUUUCGAGACCACUUGGUGAUCUUCCAAGUUUGGAUCAAAAGGAUUCUGUUAUUCUUUUAAGGAUUCAAUAUAUUUUGAAAUUUUGAGAUUGGCCCUUGAACAAUGGUUCCGUAAUAAUAAUGGAGAGGAAGUUGGACGUGCUCGAUAUUCAGCCGCAAUGUAUCGACAUAUCCUGAAAUUAUAUUUUUAUACUUCCAACGAAAGAAAUCACGAAAGAGCAACGUUAACGAAAAAGAAAAUUCGCGGUCUUCUUACGAUAA